UACAAUAUGAAUACGUUAUACUUUAACAUACAUGAUAAAUUUAUCUAAAUAAUUUAAUACCUAUGUUCAUGUUAAGACAGCUUUAACGGUAACUGAAAACCAUACUAUAUUCUAUCUUUUGAAACGUGUUUUCCCUCCUAAAUGUCCAAGUGGGUGUGUGUUACAGUCAUUGAUGGAAAAUGAAAGUGUUCUCAUAUCUACAACUGACUCUCCGGUAUACUUUCCUGGUGCCAGCAGUCAGAUGCGUAAUGGAACCUUUGAUUCACAAAGUCUGUUUGCUAACUUUUCUCGUCGUCUUCGAUGCCACUUCAUCUGUUGCAGACCUCAGCCUCAUAGUCCCUCCUGACCCUGUAGUGGCCUCUGCUGGGGAUGACAUCAUCCUUCCCUGUCAUCUCUCUCCUCAAAGUAGUGCUGUUGACAUGGAUAUCAGGUGGUUUAAGGAGGGAGACUUCACUAACCCCCUGUAUUUGUAUAAGAGCAGAACGGGGGAAGACGGGGAGGGCUAUAAGGGCAGAGUAAGUCUGCUCACCCAGGAGCUGGAGAGAGGCAACAUGUCACUGCUGUUGAAGAAUGUCAAGGUGUCAGAUAUGGGACGCUACAAAUGUCAGGCCAGCCGCUUGGAUUGGAUCCAGGAACCAGCCGUUGUGCUACAAGUUACACAGCAGGGCAGUGUCCCCAGGAUCUCCAUGAGGAAGCACCACAGAGUGUUCAUCCAGCUCAGCUGCAGCUCAGAGAACUGGUACCCAGAGCCUCACAUGCUGUGGAAGGACCGCAGUGGGAAGGAGAUCACCUCAGCAGAGACAGAGAGACCCAAACAGAAGGAGGGGGGUGUCCUGUACUCCAUAUCCAGUCACAUGAGGAUAAGGAUGGACCAACUGGAUGGGGUCACAUGUGUGGUGAUGUCAAAGGGCAAGGGAACCAUUCUAGAAUCAGCAUUACUGCAGAUGACUGGUGAGUUUAAGGAGUUCUACCUCAGCAGUCUCCCUGACCGCGUCUACAUCGCUGCAUUUGUGAUUCCUGUGUUUCUGGCACUGGUGUGUAUCACUGCAUCAGUGCUCUUUGUCAUGCAUCAGAAAAGAGUGCAUGUGACUCUGGACCCUGACACUGCAAACCCCAGACUCACAGUAUCUGACAAAAACAAGUCUGUUAAGUUUGGAGAUCUACGGAAAGAAAGCAGAAAUGAGAAGAGGUUUGAGGAAAAGCAGUGUGUAUUGGGAAUGGAGGGAUAUGAUGCAGGUAAACAUUACUGGGAGGUUGACCUGGGAGAGAAGACUCAGUGGAGUGUUGGAGUCGCCCAGGACCCAGAGAACAGAGGUUCAAACAUCCAAAUGAUGCCAGAGAAUGGCUACUGGAGCAUACGUUUGGAAAACGGAGUAUUGAAAACUGUUCAACAGUCUUCGAAAGUCCUUCCCAUUGAACUGAAACCUGUGAAGCUGGGGGUGUUAGUGGACUAUGUGGGGGGGGAGAUAGUAUUUUUCAACGUUGAGAAGAAAUGCCACAUCCACUCCUUCGCUGGAACAUUUACCAAGAAACUCUAUCCCUUAUUUGGUCCUUUAUUAGAUUGUAAAUUGGAACUCAAAAUUUCACAAGACAUAACCCUUUCAAGCUGA